GCUAAAUUAGACAGCUAAUAGCUAGCUUCUUGAUGGCAGCCACGACAACCUAAACUGGGUUUAGCCGAGCAAAGAAGAAUGGCAAGAAGGAAUAUUUAACAAGGACAUAUCAAAAGCUGAAGAAAAAUGAAGGCAAGUAGAAAUGAUGGCACAUCGUCCCCGAUGAAUGGAAGGCAAGACUGGGAUGCCAGAAGGAAACGAAAAAUUGCAGACAUCACCCAGGCCCUCAGUGUGGAUCCAGUGGAUGUAGCAACUUUGAGGAGGAUGGCUAUCAGUGAAGGAGGACUGCUGACUGAUGAAAUCCGCUGUCAAGUCUGGCCCAGACUCCUCAACGUCCCCCCUCACCUCUUGGAUCAAGAACCUGAAAAAGUAGAAAGAGAAAACAACAAGGACUACAACCAGGUGUUGCUGGAUGUCCAGCGCUCCCUUCGAAGGUUUCCACCAGGCAUGCCAGAUGAGCAGAGAGAGGGUCUUCAAGAAGAGCUGAUUGACAUUAUCCUCAGAGUUCUGAAACGAAAUCCUCAACUGCACUAUUACCAAGGAUACCAUGACAUUGUCGUCACCUUCUUAUUAGUUGUGGGAGAACGCCUGGCAUCCGUUCUCGUAGAGAAGCUCUCAACCCAUCACCUCAGGGAUUUUAUGGAUCCUACAAUGGACAACACAAAACACAUUCUUAAUUAUUUGAUGCCUAUCAUUGAAAGGGUCAACCCUGACGUUCAUGACUUCAUGCAGCAGGCUGAGGUGGGCACAGUCUUCGCUCUCAGCUGGCUCAUCACCUGGUUUGGCCAUGUGCUGUCAGACUUCCGUCAUGUGGUACGGUUGUAUGACUUCUUCCUGGCCUGCCAUCCAUUGAUGCCCAUCUAUUUUGCUUCUGUGAUUGUAUUGCACCGAGAGGAAGAAGUGUUGGAGUGUGAGUGCGAUAUGGCAAUGGUCCAUCACCUGCUGUCUCAGAUUCCCCAGGACCUGCCAUAUGAGACACUAAUCAGCCGAGCUGGAGACCUCUUUGUCCAGUUUCCUCCCUCUGAACUGGCUAGAGAGGCUGUGGCACAUGAAAGCAUGGCAACCUCUACCUUUAAGGACUUUGAACUUGCGUCCACUCAACAACGACCGGAUUCAGUUCUACGUCGUAGACGCAGACAAAAACCAGCUGCUGUGGAGACGGCACGCCCUGUAGUGGCAGUGGCACGACCAUCAACAGCACGGCGCUUUGUCCGAUUGGCAGUUAUGGGCCUGACAGUGGCUUUGGGGGCAGCAGCGCUUGCUGUGGUUAACUCUGCUCUGGAGUGGGCCCCCAAGUUGGACCUGUUUCCUUGAACUACCUUUAAGGCCAACACCAACUUACGUGUCCUUGACUAAAUCAAACUGGUCACUCUGCUUCCAAAAACUAUUUAAUUAGUGAAACCACAGGGUAUUUGAUUCUGU